CCCGGGGCGUCCUGAGGCGGGGCCGGGGCCGGCCCUCAUCCCAGCCCCGCUGUUACCACCCGGACUUAGGAGGGAGGCAUCCGGGACGUCCUGGAGGGGAUCCCCUGACCCCUCGUCUGUUCUAGAGAGCGGUUUGCUUUCCUACGUCAAACUGAUGUACCACCCUCGAUACACAUCCCUGAUAGGACUGCAGUGCUCGGGGGAGCAGCCUGGGCUUCUGCACUGCAAAGCUGUCCAGUGGCUGGAUGAAUCCGUGCCGCGGUCGGUUUGUGUUUCAAAGAUAAGGAUCCGCGCUUAUCGGUUUUAAUUACACUCGGGGCAGUUGUGACCGGCUACUGCAAUCAGCUGGUAGUUAGACCUGGUUUCCGCCACUUGCCAUGUCAGUUUUCACCACGGCAAGGAUUUCUUCUACUUGUAAACUUCUCUAUGCUGCAAACAGAAUGCCAAAGCAGCGUCUUUUUGCCUUCACCAUAUUCAGCCGCUGGCCAGGCCCUAUACUUCAACAUCAGGGCCCAAAUUAAUAUUCCAGUCUCUUCCCUUUCUCCUCCCCUUUUACCCUCUACUUCUCAGCUGCUGUUAUUACGUGGAGUUUGGAGCCUAAGCUUUGAAAACUCCCAUGUGGCGCGCCCGUCUUAAGUCUGAGCAUGCUCAGUAGCCAAAAUAGAUUUUUGGUUGCAGAAAACUCGGGCGAGGAUAGUCGGGGUGUUUGGACAUUUGACGGCUUCCUAACAGAACCUUUCGAUUCUGGUGGUGAUGGCAUUGGAGAAUGGAGCUUAGGCCAGUCUGUAGGACUUGAACCAAUGAAAGAAGCAUAUGGCACUUCUGAAGAUAAAGGUCACUCCUCCCUUUUUAAUUGGAACUUCCGCUUAGGACCUGUGUAUGACGUUUCACCUGUGAUCUGUAAUUUCAGUAGCCACUGACUUUGAGUUACAGCAAGGUCUCUGAAGAUUUGUAUCAAAUGACGUCAAUGGCCAGCUUGUUUUCUUUUACUAGUCCAGCAGUAAAGCGAUUGUUGGGCUGGAAACAAGGUGAUGAGGAGGAAAAAUGGGCAGAAAAGGCAGUUGAUGCUUUGGUGAAGAAGCUAAAAAAGAAAAAGGGUGCCAUGGAGGAACUGGAGAAAGCCUUGAGCAGUCCAGGACAGCCAAGUAAAUGUGUCACUAUUCCCAGAUCUUUAGAUGGACGCCUGCAAGUUUCUCACAGAAAAGGCUUACCCCAUGUUAUAUAUUGUCGUGUUUGGCGCUGGCCUGAUUUGCAGAGUCAUCAUGAGCUAAAGCCUUUGGAUAUUUGUGAAUUUCCAUUUGGAUCUAAGCAAAAAGAAGUUUGUAUCAACCCAUACCACUAUAAGAGGGUGGAGAGUCCAGUCUUACCUCCAGUAUUAGUGCCUCGUCAUAAUGAAUUCAAUCCACAACACAGCCUUCUGGUUCAGUUUAGGAACCUGAGCCACAAUGAACCACACAUGCCACAAAAUGCCACGUUUCCAGAUUCUUUCCACCAGCCCAACAACACUCCUUUUCCCUUAUCUCCAAACAGCCCUUAUCCCCCUUCUCCUGCUAGCAGCACAUAUCCCAAUUCCCCAGCAAGUUCUGGACCAGGAAGUCCAUUUCAGCUCCCAGCUGAUACGCCUCCUCCUGCCUAUAUGCCACCUGAUGAUCAGAUGGGUCAAGAUAAUUCCCAGCCUAUGGAUACAAGCAAUAAUAUGAUUCCUCAGAUUAUGCCCAGUAUAUCCAGCAGAGAUGUUCAGCCUGUUGCCUAUGAAGAGCCUAAACAUUGGUGUUCAAUAGUCUACUAUGAAUUAAACAAUCGUGUUGGAGAAGCUUUUCAUGCAUCUUCUACUAGUGUGUUAGUAGAUGGAUUCACUGACCCUUCAAAUAACAAAAGUAGAUUCUGCUUGGGUUUGUUGUCAAAUGUUAAUCGUAAUUCGACAAUUGAAAACACUAGACGACAUAUUGGGAAAGGUGUUCAUCUGUACUAUGUUGGUGGGGAGGUGUAUGCGGAAUGCCUCAGUGACAGCAGCAUAUUUGUACAGAGUAGGAACUGCAACUUUCAUCAUGGCUUUCAUCCCACCACUGUCUGUAAGAUUCCCAGCAGCUGCAGUCUCAAAAUUUUUAACAAUCAGGAGUUUGCUCAGCUUCUGGCUCAGUCUGUCAACCAUGGGUUUGAGGCAGUAUAUGAGCUCACCAAAAUGUGUACCAUUCGGAUGAGUUUUGUCAAGGGUUGGGGAGCAGAAUAUCACCGGCAGGAUGUAACCAGCACCCCAUGUUGGAUUGAGAUUCAUCUUCAUGGGCCUCUUCAGUGGCUGGAUAAAGUCCUUACUCAGAUGGGCUCCCCUCUGAACCCCAUAUCUUCUGUUUCAUAAUGCAGAAGUAUUCUUUUCAAUUAUAUCAUUAGUGGACUUGUUUUAAUUUUAGAGAAACUUUGAGUACAGAUACUGUGAGCUUACAUGGAAAACAGAUAUUACAGCUUAUUUUUUUUUUCUACAUAAUUGUGACCAAUACAUUUGUAUUUUGUGAUGAAUCUACAUUUGUUUGUAUUCAUGUUCAUGUGACUAACUCUCAAAAGUGUUACAAAAGAUGCAGAGUAAGUAUUAUGCCCCAGUUCAGAAAUUUGGCAUUGAUCUUAAACUGGAACAUGCUUUUACUUUAUUGUCCUAACAAUUUUUUAUUUGUUAAAUUUAUUUGAAAAUGCAUCACAUGAUGAAAAGUUAAAAUAGCUUGUAAGAGGGUAUAUACAGUGAAGAGUAACUCUUCCCUUCUACUCUUGAUCUUCCAGAAGCUGUAUUUUUACCAGUUUCUUUGUCCCUCCAACUUAAAAAAAAGAGUAAUUCAUUGUUUUGCAAAAGUGUGUGGUAGGGGCUUAAAAGAAACUAUAAAAAAAGUUUUAUUUGAAGGAACAUUAUGCACUGCUCUAACCAGUAGUGUUCAGUAAAAGCAAAGUGAUAGUUUUCUAGAUGAGAUAAAAUUUACAUUUAAUACAGAUAAGUGUUCGUCAGUGUAAUGUGACUUCAUGCUAUAUAUCUUUUGUAAAACAUUUUCUUUUUUAAAAAAAAUUAUUGCAAACAACUGAUCUCAAGUAUGUCAUUUACUCAAAAUCUGUCAUAAGCAUUACUUUAUAGCUAGUGACAGUGCAUGCACAGCCUUGUUCAACUAUGUUUGCUGCUUUUGGACAAUGUUGCAAGAACUCUGAUUUUGACAUGCAUUAAUCUUUUAUUUUGCACUUUUAUGGGUGACAGUUUUUAGUGUAAACUUUGAUAAAACACACUCAAGUGACUUGGACUUAGAUGCUGAUCGUUAACGUCCUUGGUACCUUUUUUGUAUUAAAAAACAUAGCAAUUUAUAGAUUACAUUUGUAGGAAGUUAAGCUUUUUUCUAGUUUUGUUAUAUUUUCAACCUAGGUAAAGACUGUUAUUCUAUAGCUCCAACUUAAGGUGCUUUUUAAAUUCCCCACAGUUUUCUGGGUGUUAUUAAUGCUGGAAAAUUAUGUACUUAAUCCCAUUGCUCUUACUUGCAUCAGCCUCAAUAUGCAAGGACCUAUGCCGUAGCCAUAGAAGGCUCUUCAGUUGGGCCCCAAGGAUGAGGCUACUGAUCUGAUAUUAAAUGAAUCAGAAGUGGAUGUAGGGAUAGCUAAUUUAAAAACCCUCACUUGGCUGAGCAUGGUGGCUCACGCUUGUAAUCCCAGAACUUUGGGAGGCCAAGGCAGUUGGAUCACAAGGUCAGGAGUUCGAGACCAAUCUGGCCAAUAUGGUGAAACACUGUCUCUACUAAAAAUACAAAAAUUAGCAGGGCUUGGUGGUACAGGCCUGUUGUAAUCCCAGCUACUCGGGAGGCUGAGGCAGAAGAAUUGCUUGAACCAAGGAGGCAGAGGUUGAGUGAGCUGAGACUGGGCCACUACACUCCAGCCUGGGCGACAGAGCGAAACUCCAUCAAAAAAAAAAAAAAAAAAAAAAAACCACUCACUCAUCAACAAAUACAGACUAUAGACUCUUCUCUCACUUAUCAGUGAUGCUCUUUUUCCAUUUUUUAAGUACCUGUGUGGAAGCUAGUCUCCCAAAACACAACCUUUAGAAAGGAAAGACGUGAAUGAAAACUCUAAAAUAUCCCAUUAAUGAGUCAUGAUUUUGGCUUCGGGUAAAGGACUUUGAACCAAUGUUUUUCUCGAGAGCCAUCAAAUGGACACUUAGUUAUAACAUGAGAAUGAAGAAAUUAUUUUGGGAAAAAAAUGACCUAAUUCACCUAUCAGUGAAAGCUUUAUUUUCUGGUGCCUUUUAAAAAUAUGUGGAGCCAUGUCAUUCUUCUGUUUAAAAUGUUAGUUGGUUUGACUUUCCAUUUUGUCUUUCUGCUCUUGUGAAGAAGAAAAAAAGCAUUUUUAAGCAAAGAAUUAUGCAAUUCCUUUUGUUUUCUGUGUCUUAUUUAUUGCUUUUUCAAUGUGCAGCCAAUGGAUGGUUUUAGUUCUUUCAGAUGAAGUGCCUUUGUGUUUCAGCUCACAGUUCUUUGCUGGGUAAAAGAAAUACUUUCUGACAGUCACCUGAGCAUUAAAUGUAAGUAUUAUAUGACAUACAUUCUGUUUCUUCCAGAGUUCUGUCAGCCACAUGAAAGAGAAUAUUUGCUUACUGGUAGAACUUUGGCAUUUUCAUCAUUCUUUUACUUAGCAGGCUUAUGGCACCAUCUCUGGAACAAAUUUGUAGAAAAAAUUACUCCAGUUGAAUGACGGAUGUAUAUAAUCAACUGCAUUGGGCUGCAGUAAACUAAUGGAAAUUAUAGAAUUGUUUUAUUGGUGUUUUCUACUGAGUUAAUUAAAAAUGGUUUUUAUUUGGGAUCAUUAUGUCACAGUCUUCAGUUAACAAGAUCUUACAUGAUUGGCCUUUUCUUUGUUUUCUCUUAGGAAUUAGUUCUCAUGAAUGACAGUACUAAAGCAAUUAACAAGAGUUUGACAGAGAACUAUAAGCCUGUUGUAUUUCCUAAAAGUUGUCAACUCCACACUCUUGAACUUGAAAUGAAAACUUUAUUUAGUCCAGCUAUUCUUACAGUCCCUAAGGAUUUUCAUAUAUCUAUGUAUAGGAAGUAAAAUUUGCUAGUAAGAUUUUUAGAAACUAAGAAAAAUUCUGGUUAGUGAAAGGAAAGUACCUCUGAAAGAAACCAUUUUAGCAAGUUACAGUUAUACAUUUUAAUUUAAUCUACAGAAUGUUUUAUAGUAAAAUUUAUUAAAACAGCACCACUAGAAUCACAUGGCACGUACAACAUAUUUAUACUGGCUGAAAUGACAGAAUCUGGGAAUAAUAAAAUUGCAACCAGUUUGAUAAUGCAAAAAAAGCAGAAUAGAGUGAAAUCUCAGUAAUGAAUUAAAGCACAAAAAGAUACUGAUUGGCAAAAAGCAAGGUACAAGAGGUACAUUUGCUUAACAUCUCUAAAUAAUAUUUAUGGUCUGGUCAGUAUUGCCUGGCUAAUAUGAAAUGCAAACUAGUAGGCAUGUUAAUAAUCUAAUGAAACUAAUCUUUUUGUUUUAGGAGGCAAUUUAAGUAAGACAUCAAUACAAAAUGUCAAAUAUGUGUUUCAGGAUAUAAAUCAUUUUUCACAUUUUAUUGUUGCUAUAUAUAAAAAAAAUAGAGUUGGCUGGGUUUCUAAGGUGAAAUCCAGAGUAAUAUUACUAGAUAGACAGUUCAACAAGCCACAUCUAAUAGCACAGAUAGAGGAUGUAGCUAUCUUAUACCUUUCCUAACAUUUGAGAGUAAGACAUCCUUUAGGAUGUCAAGUGAUCAUUAAGUACUCAUAUUUGAAAUCUAUUGUCAAGAUUAGAACUGGGGUUCAGGUUAAAAAACCUUUCAUAUUACCUAAGGGUACCUGUGGGAAACAGUUCCUUCCCCUGUGGUAGUAUUUUGUGGAAGAGAAAGUUUAUACAAAAAAUGAAAUCCUACCAACAGCAGAGAAAAUAAAAAGUUUGAUAGUACCUAUCAAAGUGCUGUACUUCUGUAGAGAACAUCUGAUGUACCAAUUUAGAUCUUUUUCUUUAUACUUCUUCUAGUCAUUUACUUAAUAGUACUUUGGAUCAUUAUCACCUUUGCCACUUAACAUAUAUAAAUAUCCUUUUUACUUUGUGAGGAAGGAAGAAUUUUUUGAUAAUUACUGAGUUCAGCCUUUUGUGAUGACUUAUAUUUUAAGAGUGUCAGAUCCCUUCCUUGUCUUACUAGUUAAAUCCUCACUUAAUUUCUUGUGUAUGAAUGAAUAUAAAAGUGUGUCAUCAUUAUAUUGUUCAGCUAGAUGAGCAGGUGUCUUAGGGUAGUAGAUAGCCUGGUGGUUUUAGAAGUGUUUGGUAAUUUUUAUGGAGGGAGUUUUCCUAAGUGGUGGUUUAUAGGUGGUAUCAGAUAUUAUUAGGGCAGCUUUUUGGGGAGUAAUCUCAGGUCCCUAGAGGAGCAGCGUAUUUCUCAUUGUAAGAUUCUUGGGAGCUUUUCGUAUCACACAAGAUGCAUGAAUCGAAUGUGGGAAAUGAAGGCAUUUCUUCUGCAUAAACAAAGAAUUCUGCCUGCACGACAGAAACCUGGACAGUUCUUUGGAAUUCACUGAAUUACAGUUUAGUUUGUCCUGAUUACAGAAUGACAAUAUUUUUCAAGCCUUUUUAUGUUGGAUUAGCUUAUCUCCUAAAAUAGAACUGUACUAUAAUUGAAAUGACACCCUAAAAUUGGAUGGUUUACCAAUACCAAUGAAAGGAAUUUUACACAUCAAUUUUUAUUUUUGUUUUGAAGUAAGAGCACAUGCUAUAUAAUAAUUGUUAGCAGCAAUUGCUAUAAAGCAAGUGAUGAGUUAUUUCUCUGAAAAGAUCCAGUCCUAGAGCAGGAUUUUUUGAUCAUUCAUGACAGAGUGAGAAAGGUUUGUGUGGUUCUUGUCCAAAUAACUCAGUUUUUAAAAUUCUUAAAAUCAUUAGCCAUUAUCCUUUAAAGGUUUAUUUGAAGAUGCUGUUAAAGUACAGAAUUUUGUGUACAGGUAGAUUUUUUACCCCUCAUUAAUAGUGCCUUCUUAAUACAAGCUGGUGUUAGCUAUAACAAAACUCCAGUAAGGCCAAAGAAUCCCAAGUUCUUUGUUUUAAAAAAAAAUCUUUUAGGAUCAGGCUUUCCCUUCUAAGAAUCAUUGGAGAUGAUGUUGCGUUGAUUUAUUCAUGAAGUACUUUAACUAUAGGAACUCUAGAAGAUAAUGGUUAGGCAAGUGAUUUUCUUUUUAACAUGAUUGGCUUAAGUUGUACUUUGAAAUUCACUUAUUUUAAAAUUGAAGAGGAUUUUAAUCAUGGAAAUUGAACGUUUGUAUCUACCUGCCUACAUUUUCUUAAAAAAUAUUUCAUAUGCAGAUAAUGAAGACCAAGCCAAUGGCUGCACUGUAGGUCUGCUGCUUAUUUGUAUUUGUUUUGUUUAUGUUGUAGAAGUUGAAAUUCUAGCAACAUACUUCAAUUCUGUUAUUUUGAUACUUAUAUAUUAGGUUUUACUAUAUUGUGCUUUUCAAAGCCAUAACUCUUAAAAACUUUGUUUUUGCAUAUUGUUUGCUAAUUCUUUAUUUUAAUAAACCUCAAAAACUG